GAAACGCGUUGAGUGUGCCAGCGAGAAGACGUGCCCAGUGUUCAAGAGAUCGUAUCAGGCCUCAUAAGUUCUUUAGCCUGUUGAAUUAACACGCAUACAUAGACAUAUACACACACGCACACAAUUGUCAGCCUUUUUUUCUUUGGUGCCACAAAAGACAAAAAAAAAGUGCCGUGCAAAGCAAAAAGCAUAAAAUAAAAAGUGAAAAUCAAGCAAGAAAGAAAAGAAAAGAAAUAUUGAAAGAAACAUGGCAAGUGCAGAGCAGAAAACCGCAACUGGCAAUGGCAUCGCUGCCGCCGUCGCCAAGAACAAUCAUAGCGCUAUAACAGAAUCCUCUGAAACGCCAAAGGAUGCGAAGGAUCUGUUGCCCCAUUUGGAGUCGCUGGAGCGCAUUAUCAAGCUGCCCGUUGUGAAUGCCGCGUGGGAUAAGUCACAAGAUGUCUACGGCAAAGUGAAGGGCAAAAAUCGCGUCUUCAAUUGGGCUUUAAAUGCCGCCGAGGAUUGUGUGGCCCGAGCAGUGACGACAGCUGCACCCAUUGUGAAUCGCUUGGAUCGACCCAUUGCCUAUGUGGAUCAGACACUGGUUAAGGGCAUUGAGUCGCUGGAGGUUAAGGCGCCGAUCAUUAAGGAUACACCGCAGGAAAUCUACACACAGGCAAAGAACAAGGUUAUUGAUGUGGUGCAACCGCAUCUGGAGCGUGUAGUCAAAUUCAAGGCAGCCGGACAGCAGAAGGCCGCCUCGCUCAAGGAUCUGGCCUGGCAGAAGGCCAACGAGGUACUUGCCACACAAUAUGGCAGCCUCGCCGUCAAUGGCGUUGAUACCACAACAGCCCUCGCUGAGCGCCUGCUCGAAUACUAUUUCCCCAAAUGCGAUUCGGAUGUCGAGGAGGAUAAUGAUAAUAAACAAAACGCUGUCGCGCAAAAUGGCAAAAACGCUAAGACUGAUAUUGUUGUUGUUGGGGAGCCCGACUAUGAUCAAGAGAUUGACACUAGAUUCUUAGUAGCCGCCUCCACGGUAUUUCUGUCCAUGUCGUUGAAAAUCAUAACCGAAAUUGUUGAGUACGUUAGAAGAAAUCCAGAGAUCGUAGGCAUUAUCGAUAGGGAAAUCAACAAGCUGAUGUGCCAGUUUCCGCCAGCGAGGACCCAGUACUACACACCGUACAGACCGUCGGCCGUUUAUCCAAUAAGAUCUCGCGUCGAGUCUAUAGAAAUGUCUCCCGACAGAUCAAGCAGGUCCAGCAGGGCAACAUCAACGACUAUCUGAGUUCGCUGAUCGCCGCCUUGAAGCUGCAUCAGUACAUCAAUUUCAUCAACUCGUCGAUGGGCACAAAUGUCGAGCAGUCGACGCUAGCCAGUGACAACAGUAACACCACACCCACACCCUAUGGCAGUGGCGCCACAAACUCCAAGCCGACAGCAACAGCAGCAACAACAACAACACCAACAACAAUGGCCAAAAGCAACAACUCGUCGAAGAGCAAAUCUUCAGCAGCACCACCAGCAUCGGCGUCCUCAACUGGACAGUAAAUUUAUUAUUGUGUAGCAGGAAGCAGCAGCGAGGGGGAAAAUCGCAUGUGAAGCGGUUGGAAACUCCCCCCUCGCACCACUAAAACAAAAAAAAAGAAAAGAAUAAUAAUAACCGUCGCACCCACCACACCCCCAUAAUAAACGCCUCUCACGUGCUGCUCAUUUUCUUAUUUAGCUUUUUAAUUUUAAAUAUUUUUUCAUUUUUUUUUUCUUGUAAGACCAACCAAAUGAAACUUUAGAGAGAAAGGCAGCCACUCCUAAACCACCACCCCCCUCCCCCUCAACCAUCACCGCCUUCACGCGUUUGCUUUGUAAAUAUUUAUUUCAAGUAAUACACACACACAUACACACAUACCCCACAACACAACUUCACACCUAUAUACACACACACACACAUACAUACACACAUUUAUAUUUGUAUAUUGAUAUAAGUUGUAGUUGUAAAAGUCUUUUUUUUUAUAAUUUUCUAUACAUUUUUAGCUGUGCUAAAUUUAAAAAAAAAAAAAAUAGAAAGCGCCACCUGGCGACCAUGUGUCACACAUGCACUGAAUGGAGAAUAUGCCUAAAAAUAACAAAGAAAAUCGGAAAGAAUUAUACUAAAUAUACGUACAUAGAAAUGUAUACACAUACAUAUAUGCACUCUAUAUAUUGUAUAUAUGUAAUGGCCCCUUCCGUGAAUAAUAUAAUUAUAUAUAUAUAUAUAUGUCAUUGAUCUAGCCAGAUCGAUUCGCAAGCGAAAAAGAGAGAUCAGUCUCUGAUCAGUCUUGCUUAUCCUGCAUGCUUAAUGAUAUAUAAAAUACUGAUGUUUUUUUUUAAUUAUGCUUAAUAUGUAUCCUAAUCUUAGCUGAUGAUAUAAUGAUGAAUUAUGCUUUAUAUAUAUGAAAAAUAUACCUUAAAUACUUUUGCUCUAACAAA